AUUUUUUUAAAAGCCGGCGUCUUCUUCGAUAAUAUUUUUUUUUGAUUAUAUUCUCUCAUAAUCACGGCCAAUAAAACAUGUCUGUCAGUAUGCGGCGGUCGCUACCGUUGCUCCGGCUCGUCAUGACGCCGCCAAAAAUCGCGUCAACGCGGAGAUGCUUCUCCAGCACUCCCCUCGUGAAAAACGCAGGAUCAACGGCCACACUGCCAGUCAAGAAGCCCGUUGGAGCUUUUCGGGGAGGAUUAUUUGGUUUCCUUACUGGUUCCGUUGUUGCCGGUGCUGUCGUCUACUACUAUAUCCUUGGCGAGUACAGGAUAUCGAACAGCAUGCUUACUGAAGAUAUCGAUGCUUUACAAACCGCAACCCAAAAGCUCCAGACUUACAUCUCUGAGCUGGAAACACGAGUAGACCAACUGCAGAAAAAGAAAUGAGUGACCACUGUCUGCAUCUAUGACUAUCUGCAUUACUUGCAAGUUAUAUUUAUUGCUUUAUUCAUCCCUAUUUCGGAGUUAGGUCUUUCUGCAUGCACACGUUGCUUCUGGUCGUCUGGCCUUCAUUUUUUUCAAGUGCUUCUGUUGAUCGUGAUUACUCUAUCUGGAGAUUCUCUCGAAGCUUUAAGAGACUAAGCUCACUCAAUGAGCGGUCGUGUACAAUAAGAUCAAAUAUCCGUUC